AUGGUAAAUGAUGAAGGAUUUUUUUUCUUUAAGUUUGAUUCUAAGGAAGGAAUGAUGAAUGUGCUGGAGGGAGGACCAUGGCUGAUUAACAAUGUUCCUAUGUUUGUUCAAAGAUGGAGGCCAGGUUUAGUUCUGAGUAAACCACAAAUUAAUUCAGUUCCUGUUUGGGUUAAAGUGUUUAAUGUACCUUUGGAGUAUUGGAACAGCAAAGGAAUUACUUUGAUUGCAAAUGAGAUUGGGAAACCAAUUGCUAUGGAUAAAAUAACUCAAAAAAUGUGUAAUGAACAUUGGGGAAGGCCAACAUUUAUGCGAUUUCUUGUGGAAAUGUCAGCAGAAACAGAAUGGAUGAAAGAAUUAAGUGUGGUCUCAAUUGAUUUUGGGACAGGAGAAAAAGUUGAAUCAAAAUGCAGGAUAGAGUAUACGUGGAGGCCUGAUGUUUGUAAUCACUGCAAAGUUUAUGGGCAUAAAAAUAGUAAUUGUGGGAUUCUAAAUGGGAAAAAAAAUGAUAAUGUAGCUGAUGUUGCUGUUAACAGAGAAGAAAAUGGAAAAAAAGAGAAAAUGGAUGAUGAUGGAUUCACGUUAGUAACAAAGAAAAGCAAUAAAGGGCAGAAAUUCAAUGCUGGUGUGGUUAUAAAUGAAGAAGGAAAGGUAGAUUUAAUUAAAUCCUUGGAGAAAAGUUCGAAACCUGUUAAUGAAGAAAUGGAUGUUAGCAAUAAACAUGCAAAUUCAAGAGAUAUGGAUAAUCAAGAAAUGGAAAAAAAUAAAAAAGUUAAAGAACAAGAAAUUCAAAAAGAAGUCCAAAAAGAAGAUCGAAGCAAGGAAAUUUCUCCCUAUGCUGGGGAGAAGCCACAGCAUAGGGAUUUGGAUGCUGAUGUUCGGAAUGAAUUACACAGAUCCUCCCGAUCCAUAUAA